AUGCUCGCACGAAUUACCUCCCUCGCCGCCUUGGCGCUACUCUUGCUUUCAUCCGCAUCUUCGACGAUGGCUGCCGUGGUUUCUCGCCGCCAUGAUACGGGAACCGGGGUAAACACCUUCAAUUCGACGGAAUUGUACCCCAGAUACGACAACGGAACACAUAUGGAAACACUUGAAGACCGCUCGCCAGCCCUCAUCGCCUCUAUCGCGCUCGAAGGAGUCAACAUGAUCAUAUCCGGCAUCCAAGGUGCUAUCAAUGCUGACAAGGAUGCUCGCGGGAAGUUUACAUCAAGCCUCGUCUCGGAGAUGCGGAAGAAAUACCCAAAGUUCAACUGGAUCAUCUGCCAUACGAAACACGAGACCAAGUUCGAAGGCAAGAAGGGCAAGGAAUGGGACCACAGACAUCAAGAGUUCGACAUCAAACUUGGUGGCACCAUCGGAUACGAGAUCUACAAUCUAGGGGCCGGCGAGUUCAUUCGCAAGGGCGACGGGGGAUUCCUCAACUGGGCCUACAUUGGUAACGUUGCCAGCAAGAGCGGUGAUGGGAAGAAGAUUAAGUUUAACAGGCCUUGA